GCGUCAGCUGUCAGCCCCGCGCUGCCCGGCAGCAGUCGCUGCUGCUGCUGCUGAGGCAAGAGGCCGGCCGCCAGUUUCCGGGGCGUGUGAGUCUGAGGGGAAGGCGGGCUUCUGAGACGAGAGGGAGACAGAGAGCCCUCCUCUGUACCAUUUAUCCCAGCUGGGAGGGAGUCCACUCCACCGUGAGGCGCUUCUUUUCUCCUCCCGCCCGUUUUGCCCUUGCGAUCGAAAGAGACUUACAGAGCUAUAUCUCAUGGAUGGACUAUAGCUUAUGGAAGAGAAAAAUCAUAUCAGAACAACCUUGGUCUCCAGGUUGCCAAAGUAUGGAACAAAACCUGCUGGGAAUAUCCUACAGACAGUUUCAAAUGGAACAGCUCUUAAUUUAUCAGGGAAUACUCAGAGCAUUGAUAAAAACUUCAGCAAGCACAAUGGCACUAUUAAUAUGUCUUCCUUCUCUUUUAAUUGGCGAAAAUCAAAUAAGUACCAACUGGGUGAUCAGAUCAGUAAUGAAUCUGGCUCCCAUAAAAGUUCCAAUGAAAGAUUGACUGAUUCUGAAAAGUGUCCUAAGUCUGACAGAGCAAUUGGUAAAGAAGUGCUCAGGGUGGGUUCACAAAACUCCUUUUCCAAAAUAGCAAAACAAAAUAACAUGUUUGUUUCAUCUUCAGAAGAAUUAAACCAAAAGUCUUUGCCUGGGCUUUCUAGUACAGCUACAUUUACCAAAAGUACAUUGUUAGGCAGGACUUCAUAUUCGGCACUUAACGCUUCAAAAUCACACUUAAAUGGAAUUUGUGGAAAUCGGUCAACUGUAGGGUUUCAGAGGGGUAGAGGAAAUUGUACUGCUUCAAGGAGCAGCUCAGGGGAGAGUUUGUCAAUGUCAACAGACAGUGUUAAAUCUUCUUGCGAAAAAAUGAUUAGGUCACAAAGCUUUUCACAUUCCAUUCAAAGCUCUCUUGUGCCCCCUGCAUCCUUAACCAGGUCACACUCUUUUAAUAGAGCUGUGGAUCUUACAAGGCCUUAUCAAAACCAACACCUAGCUAUUAGAACAUCUCAGAGAUCAAAUCUGUUGUCAAGAAGUUUACGGCAGCUGGAUGUGCCCAAUAGUAAUGAACCUUUAAGGUAUGGGUUUGGUAGAACAUACUCUGCUUUAGUCCCCCCUGCUUUGAAGAAACAGCAACUAUCAAAUGGAUCUGGAGAGGCACCUUCUCUCAGAUUUAGGACAGGGCGCCCUUCAUUAUUGAAGCCUAGCAAUCAGCAUUUGGGUAGAAAGAUCCCUGUGGAUGGAAAUACAAGUAAAGAUACUGGAAGCCAUGCGGUGGAGGACUCAGUUUCAAUCAAUAUUGCUGGAGGUGUUGGUGCAGGGGAUUGUGAAAGAACAAAAGAGGGAGAAAGUGUAUAUAAUAAUUUUGGAGAAAGUGGCUGUAAAAUAUGCAUGGACGGUGAUGUGGAUGAAAUAUCUAUAUCCUCCUUGUCCUCUUCUGAAAAAAAUGAUCUGAGUGAAGACUUUAGUGAUGACUUCAUAGAUUUAGAAGAUCCCAAUAGAACAAUAAGAAUCAAAGAAGAGGAUGUUCCUGUUCAAGAGCUGGAGCAUGGGAGUAGAGUAUCGUUAGAAGAACAUGUGUCUUUUAAAGAACGUGAAAAAACCAACUGUAAUUCUGAUGAAUGGAUGGAUAGACACGUAUCCGAUGAUAGGAGUGACAGUACAAAGCAUCCAGCUGGAAACAAUGUGGUUUCCUCUGACAUGGACUACAGAGCUGGCUCUUCCUUUGAACUUUCUCCAUCUGAUAGCUCGGAUGGGACAUACAUGUGGGAUGAAGAAGGGUUGGAGCCCAUUGGAAGCAUCCAUCCAUGUGGAAGUUACGACUCUUCAGAAAUGAAUAGUAUAGAUAUCUUGAACAACCUUGAUUCAUGUGAUCUGGAAGAUGAUGAUCUUAUGCUUGAUGUCGACUUACCUGAAGAUACACCCUGUGAUAAUGUGGAUUGUGAAAAUAUGAACCGUUAUGAGCGGCAAGAGCGAAAUAUAAGACAACAGAAGGAGGGCUUGUGGAAGAGGAUGCCACAACGAUGGAGUGCUCAAGACCAUUAUCACCUUGGGCAUCCUGACCAGUAUGCCCACAGCAAAAAUGAUCUUAACAGGAGCUGCAAUUAUUUAGAUCCCCCUCCUGUUGGACACCUUGAAGGCUAUGCAGCACAAAGCUUGUAUCCACCUCUGAGAAGUUUCCCGGCGAACACUGUGAUGUUGGAUGAAAUGACCCUUCAGCAUAUGGUUCAAGACUGUACAGCUGUGAAAACUCAGUUAUUAAAAAUGAAAAGGAUACUUCAACAGAACGAUGCAAAUGUGUCACUCCACAAUAUCACUUUUUCACUACCUUCAAGCCCGGAACUGCAAGAGCCUGAACCAAUAUAUAAGACUGAAGAUUUGCUGAAUGAGAUCACCCAACUUAAGGAAGAUUUAAAGAAAAAAGAUGAUACAGUCAAACAACUAGAACAUCGACUUUCAAUUAGGUGUAAUUGCAGCAAUGAGAGCAAGCGGUCUGAAGGGGCUGUGUGUACAUUUGCUGACAAAUUCACACAGACAUCCUGGAGAAAAAGUGCUGGUGGGUAUUCUGCUCCUUCCUUCUCUCCCUGGCAGGGCUCCUUCCAGGGCAUCCCUCGGACUCUUCCACCGCAACGCAGACAGAGAGUUGAGGAGUUAGUCCAUUACUUCUAUGAUAAAGCGUGGAUGCUGCUAUAUUGUGGCAGGCCUCAAAUACUACAGCCUUCCAGUCUCCUUCCCCGUUUCACAGACCUCACCCAGGGAAAACUAACAAAAACAUCACGCAUCGUGGCCCACAGUGAACAUCCCAAUCAAGACGAUCUACAGCAGGGUGGCCAAGAAUAUCAACAUGCUGCAAAUGGCUCCUGUGCCAGUAGCCUAGAUGAACUGAGCACUUUAAAUACACAAUUAAAUGAGAAAAAGUCAGAGGAAAAUGCACAUUCCGUCAAGAAUGUAAAAAUUAGAGAGAAACCUAAAGACCCAACCGAUAGAAAAAUGAAUACACUACAUUCUAAUCCUUCUUUUUCCCCAUCAGCUAUCCAAAUGAAUACUCGAGGGGGGCAAACCAAACCAGUUCUAAAAAGCAGUUGCUCACGGACUAACCAGGCUUCUCUGCCAAAGACUUCAAGAGCUACUAAACUCCCAAAGCAGAAUGCUUUAGUGCCUCCUUCAGUACCUGUAGCAGAAGCAGCAUCUUUGAAUAGCACCUUUGCUUCAAAAGAUCCUGAGCUACUGCCACUAAGCAGUGCAGCACAACCACAGUCGAUAUCCAGUCAGUUUGAUUUCUGUAGUAAGAGCCAGAGAAGCUCCAAACUUCGUCCUCCUACCAUUUCCUAUAAGCCCAAACCACUGACAAAAGUCAUGAUGCCUCCCGAGCAUCGGAACCCCUCAUCGCAGACAAACCACUCAAGACAAAUGACACAAGCGAAGGAAAAUAUGCAACAUCAAGAUUCAAGUGUCCAACCUGGGGAACGUGUGAGUUCUAGUCGGCAGUCCCGCCUCCCUAAACCAAAGACAUAUUGAAAGUAUAAUUUGCAUAUGCACAUUUCAGUGUCCUGUAUUGUGAAGCUGCUUACCAUCAUCCGUUCUUCUCUUGGUCACGAUCCUUCAUCAAAAACAUAUAACAAUUAAAGACUGCAUUUCCUAUGAUACCUAUCUGCUCUGUUCUAAUCACUCUUAAUUUUGUGCCAUCUUGAAAUUUAUGUAAUCUUCAAAACAUGGUUCAUAAAGGCCUUCACCAACUCAUUGCAGUGACCACCAUACCUUCCUUUAAAGAUAGCUUGGCUUAAUAGUAAAGUUUGCAAUGAUAACUGGUUGCCAGACCAUUUCUAUCAGUUGGACAGGCUACUUUCUGGGAAAUCUAUAUUUAUUUGGAACACUGAAUAAUAAUAGGUUCUGACAUAUUUAAUUAUAAAUGAUGGAGAAAUUAUACAAAGCUGGUCUUUUUAUCUUUAUCCUCAGCCAUAAUUCUGACUCUGCAUCUUGGAAGCCUAUGCAAAAUGUUCCUAUUUAUAACAACACCCAACCCAAGACUUUCUAGAAAAAUGUAUAUUUAAAGUUUGAGUUUUUUUCAUUUUGUUUUGGCCAGAGUGAUCUCCAGAUUGCUUUUUGCUUCUUUGAUCGAUAUUCACUAUUCACAAGUGGCAAACAAAAUUUCACAGGGUGAAAUGGAUCUUGAUUUUAUUUAAAUAUCAAUUCAUUCAUGUCUUGUAUAUAAUCUGUAACUGCUCCUGUGUUCUACAGGUAUUGUGGUAUAAAAGUAACUUAAUUUAUAGAAUACAUGUCCAAAAUCCUUUUUUCAUAUAGACUCUUGUGAAAUGGUAUAUGAUGUAACUCUGGGAAUAAUGCUCCAUAUUGAAGAUUUUUACACACAUUCUUGCUUUUAGAUAUUAACAUUAUUAUAAUUGUAUGAAUUGAUUUCUGUUACUCCUGCGAGUCUCAAGGAGACAACUCAAAAUGUUUGCCAUACGUUUUUGUAAUAAAAGUUUUACCUUAAAAAAACCCAUAAAACAUGCACACAUUCUCUCUCAAUCUCUCCCCCAAUAAUAGAAAUGUUUUCUUUCAGAAAUUAAUAUUAGUGAUUUUCUGAUGAAAAUGACUGGUAAACUAAAGUCUUUUAGAGAUACUCUGUAUUAAGAGCCUUGCAGUCAGAAGGCACAAAGUGUAGAUAUAGAUCCACAAAUCAAGUAUACAUUGAAGUUUUGGAAGAAAAAUAAUAAAAAACAAAGCCAAACCGGAGAACAGUUAAAAAUGGCAGUAUCAAAUACUGGUUUUUCUAGUGCUAAAUGAAGUUAUUGUUGAUGACACUGUGAUAAUGGGUUUCAGCCUUUGUUGGUCAACCAGUGAUAAAAAAUUAAGCUGGAGCAUACAGCUCUGACUUCUUAAGUCAAGCAUAGUCGCCUUCCUCAAAAGGGAUGUUAAAUAAAUAUAUAUAGACCAAACUUAGUCAGUUAGUCAUAAGACUGAACUAGUAUUUGCUUUAUAACACCUGAGUAUCUACAUGUCACUAAAAUUUGCAAGGACGUGCAGUAAAGUGCUCUUAGUUGCUGCUCUCAACUGCACAAUACUUUGCUCAUGAAUUACCUUCCCAUAUGACUUGCAGAGUUCAGUUGCCUUAAAAUGAUAACUGAUGGGAUAACGUGACAGCUAAGUUUUAUAAUGUACAACUGUUUUCUAUUGUAGCAUUACUCCUACAAAUCUUGGAUAUCAGUAAGGUACAGACCAACUUACUGAUUCAUGUAGCAUAACUAGGGCUGACUAAACCUCUUUAUACUGAGUAUGUCUGUAUAGAUAUGAUAGACUACUUCUUAGAGCAUGUGGUUCUGCCUCAAAUGAUAUGGCAGCUAUUGUAUAAUUUUAAGUAAAAUAGCAUUUUUUUUCAUUCUGGUUAAAGUCGAGAUGCAGGUAAUUCGUUCUUGAUGAGAUAUAACAGGAUCCCACCGUAUAUUACAGUUUGUUCUUAACUAUAUUUCAAUAUUUAAACCACUAUAUUUUAAAAAGACUUUUCAUCAGCUCACCCAUUUAGAUUCAUCUUUAUAAAGAGAAAUGUUUUAUUGCUAAGUGUUUCAGGACUGAUGUGACUAAAUUCUGUUUCAUAUUUAGCUUUGUUAUGUCACUUUCAGUCACGCCUUAUAGAAACUUAGAGAGAGAAAUUGUAAGUCCACAAAAAUGUACAUUGAUGUCACAGGACAGGAUAAACUGACAAGCAGUUUUUGCGAAAGAGUUGUCACUUUCCUAAGGCAAGCAGUAGCAGCAAAGCAAUUUCUGAAACAAAGAAAAUUUUCAUAAGUUUCAAGCCAUACACCUGUACCGAUUUUCAAGCUAUAUAUCAUAUUUGUAAAAUCACUUGAUUACACACAACAGUUAAUGUAAAGGAAGCACUGAAGUAACACGUUUUCUAUUCCUUAGCAGUAAGAAUGGUACUUUAUGAAAAGAUUUUCCAAAGAUAAUGUUAGCAUUGCAAACCAUGUUUUUCUUCAGCUGUCAGACUGGCAAGCUGAGGAUAGCAAACUGACAACAUAUAAGGUCAAUAAGGAUAAUCUAAAUGGUCUGAGCUCUAAACAUACAUAUUUCACGUCUGGAAGGCUGAUCACAAGUAGGAGAGUAUGGCUUUUACCAUCAUAUCUUAGUCUAUCUUUUUAAACAAGAUGCACAAAUUUCCCUGAAAAUGCCUUUACUAACGAAGUUGAAAUGUAUGUUUAGAAAGUUCAGAGUAAGAGACAAAAGCUUUUAGUUAGGUUUAUCAGAAGGUUAAUUACCAUUUGCAGGAAGUUCUUUGUGAAAUAUCAGGCUUUCAAUGAAGACUCCAAGAGGUGUAAGUGCAUAUUUCAACUAAAAUGGUCACUUACAGUGAAGAAAUAGGAUUUUGUUCUAGGAAAAACCAUUAUUUUAAAUGCCUAUAUUUAACAGUGGGGACUUGGUUUAUAUUUAGAAUUUUAAGAUUUGUACAUUUUAUCCUUUUUGGAUUCUCCUGCAUUAUGCAAUAACUCCUAAAAUAUUAAACCAGUCCUUAAAUGUGUGUAAUUAAGAUACUGAUCUUUUAACAAUAGAUGCAAAACUGGAGCAAAACUAAUCUGCACUUUAAAACUGUGAGCUCUAUUGUUUGGAAUUGUGCCUAAAAUUAAAUACCUAUGGUUGAGUCAGUGAGACAAUUUUCACUAUUGUUGGUGUUAAGGUUGGGGAGUUUUGGGUUUUUUUGUUUGUUUGUUUGUUUUUUAAGAAAACUAACCACAGAUGAUGCAGUUCAUGAAAUACUUGUAACUUCUUCUAAUGUAUGCUACCAGCUCUUAUCUCCCAACAUGGUUCCAUGAUCACAAGACUUGGUUUCACAAAGGUUUGUUAUACUAAGCAGCCUAUUAUAUAGCAAUCACAAUUUACAUAGUAUUAAUAAAAAAUUGGGAACAAUUUCAACUGAAAGAGAAAUCCAUAAAGAUAUCAUUGCAAGGUACUUUAUUUUGCAGAGGAUUGUCCUUCACGUUUGUAUUGUUUAGAUAUAAUUUUUGAAGUGUUAAUAAACCAAUGUGCAAUACUAACCUCCCUCCCUUCCCCAAAAAGAAUGGUUGUGUGAAUCAUUUGUGUCAAAUCUUUCAAGUGGUUCACAGACAAAUAUGUGGUACAGACUCCAAAUCCAGCCAUUGUAAAGCUCACGUAGACCACAUAAGUAGAUUCUCCAUCUCAAAUACUGGUUAUUUGUUAUAAUGCAGCUUAGAUACUUGAAUGGUGUUUGUGGUUUAUUUUGUCCCUUGCAUGUCACUCCAUGUAUAUUCAUGAAGCCUUCCAAUACUGGUAGAUGAGCAUGCUUUGGGAGAAACAGACUUACCUUUUUGGCUUAACAUCUAUUUUUGGUAGAGAUAUGUUUUUAUACCCUUUAAAAUGGGUUUAGGUUCUGGAAUGUCUGUCUUUCAUCUGUUUUGCAGUGGUUCUCAGAACAAUCGACAAAAUCCAGCUGAAGAUAAGCACUUUUGAGAGCUGUUGAUUUUAACAGGAGAGCUUAUUAUUGGUGAAUAUCAGUGGGACUUAAGUGCUUGAAAUUGGUGGAUCAUGCCCUGUUGACACAUGAUCAUGGUUGUAGAUUUAUCUACAACCAUGUUCUAGGAAAAUUUGAAAAUAUUUUGAUCACUGCUGUGGUAAAGCUGCUCACUGCCUAUGUUAAUAUCAAAAGCACCACAAAAAUAUUACCUGCAGUGUUAGUAUUUGUCUUAAAUUCAGUACUAGCUGCAAAGUACCCUUAUUACAUAGUAUUUCUUUGAAAAAAAUCUAAAUAAAUACUGUAUAUCAGAACUUGCUUGUAAAAAUUUAAAAACAUGCAUUGUAAAGAUUCCUCAAUGUUGCUUUAGUGAAUAAAAUUCAUAAUUCUAAA